CACAGCCACCAACCACCAUGCCCUCGUCAACAUCAAUCAAGCGGGGCAUUGCUGCCGCUGUGCUUGCCACGCUUCCUCUCGCUCGUGCGCAGGGCACCACUCCCCCCAAGCUCACCGCUGCCUGCAACAAUGUAGCCAUCUUCAUGGCCCGUGGCAACGACGCCCCCUACCACGAUGGCCGUACUUCGCCCUUCAUCGACGCCACAUGCGGAAAGUUCAAGGCCGCCGGCUACUCCUGCGACUACAUGGACAUUGUCUUUGAUGCCACGCUUGGUGUCCCGUACUGCCCGACCAUCCAGGAGGGUGCGUACAAUGGUGUCCGGCAAAUCACCGAGUACAACGCCCAGUGCCCAGACACGUUGAUUGUCAUCAACGGCUACUCGCAGGGCGCCAUGGUCGCCGGCUCGCUGCUCAGCGGAGGAGGCGCCGACGCCUGCGAUGUCGACACCAAGACGACUGGCCUGGACUCUACGUCGCCAGCUGGCAAGGCGGUCAAGGCGGCGCUGCUCUGGGGCGAUGUCAAGCACACGGCUAACCAGCCCUACAACGUCCUCGACGGCGCCGACAAGCAGGUGUGGCCGCGUACCGGCAGCAACCUUGAGCGUCUCAACCGCUACUCGGACGUCUUGCGCUCGUACUGCGCUGCCGGCGACCCAGUGUGCGCCAGCGGCAAUGUCGUCGCUGACCACCUCAACUACUUUGAGCUGUACACGGACGCGGCGUCGACUUGGGUUCUCAACAAGCUUACCCCCCUCCUGGCCAAGUCUUCUUCGUCGGCUACGCCUACGCCUACUCCUACUCCGGUCAGUUCCGUCAAGGCCUCAAGCACCGUCGUCCCCACACCCACCUCGACCGUGGCCCCCAACACCACCGUCACCCCUUCUGCCAAGCCCACCACCAUGGUCUCGUCCUACGUCUCUCCCAGCAUCAAUGGAACCUCGUCGGCCAUUUCGACUAACGAGCCAGCCACAGCUUACCCAGUAACUGUCGUGCCCAGCGCGUCCAAGUACUACGGCAACUCGACUAUGCCUGCUUCCAGCCCCAUCAAGACGUCGACAAAGCCCCAGGAGACGGUCUCGCUGCCUGUGGGACAAGUGUCGCACCCAGCUGCUCCCUCUCCCACCAAGGCGCCUGGGUACUCUGCACAGCCUCCUGCGUGCCCAGCACCCACUGUCUACGAGACCGUGACCCACGUGGUUUACGAGUACGUAUGAAUCCAGUCGGUAUACUGAGCCGAGGAAACGAACGAAUUAAUGUAAAAAGAAAGGUAUUGGGGGUGGGUGGGUAAUGAAAGGGU